GGCCGGUAGGGGGCGGGCGCGCGCGCGCGCGGCGGGAGCGGAGCGGGGCCGCCAUGCCGUACGCCAACCAGCCCACCGUGCGCAUCACCGAGCUGACGGACGAGAACGUCAAGUUCAUCAUCGAGAACACGGACCUGGCGGUGGCGAAUUCCAUUCGAAGAGUGUUCAUCGCUGAAGUCCCCAUCAUAGCCAUCGACUGGGUCCAGAUAGACGCCAACUCUUCCGUGCUCCAUGAUGAAUUCAUUGCACACAGGCUGGGUCUCAUCCCGCUCACCAGUGAUGACAUUGUGGAUAAGAUGCAAUAUUCCAGAGACUGCACAUGUGAUGAGUUCUGUCCGGAGUGCUCUGUGGAGUUCACCCUUGAUGUCCGGUGCAAUGAAGACCAGACCCGUCACGUCACAUCCCGUGAUCUCAUCUCCAACAACCCCCGGGUCAUACCGGUGACAUCUCGGAGUAGAGACAACGACCCCAAUGACUAUGUGGAGCAGGAUGACAUCCUCAUUGUGAAGCUGCGGAAGGGCCAGGAGCUGAGACUGCGAGCCUACGCCAAGAAGGGCUUUGGCAAGGAGCACGCCAAGUGGAACCCCACGGCAGGCGUAGCAUUCGAGUACGACCCAGACAACGCGCUGAGGCACACCGUAUACCCCAAACCGGAAGAGUGGCCCAAGAGUGAGUACUCGGAGAUUGACGAGGAGGAUGCUCAGGCUCCCUAUGACCCCAAUGGGAAGCCAGAGAGGUUUUAUUACAACGUGGAGUCCUGUGGUUCUCUGCGCCCGGAGACCAUCGUUCUCUCCGCGCUGUCUGGCCUGAAGAAGAAACUGAGUGACCUCCAGACCCAGCUGAGCCACGAGAUUCAGAGCGACGUCCUCACUAUAAACUGAGAUGACCCCUUGCAAGAGAAUGCUCAGGUGUGAGUGAGGCAGAAGGUUCCUGGCUCUGCCCAGCAGCACUCUGGGCCAAGGCUUUUACCUCCCCAUCUCCCUCUGCCUCUCCUGGCCCAGCUGUGCUGGUUGGUGACACCUCUUCCCUGGCCCCCCUUCCCAGGGAAAGCCAGCUUGAUGUGUAGGGUAAAGCAGGAAGGGAAUCGGUGAGCAUCUUCACUGGAACAGGCUUUGUCUCUAAGUGAUUCCAGAGUUUUAGGCCAGAGUUUUGGAUCCUGGCCAUGUGGUGUUUGGCAUUGGGAAGAGGUGUACCUCAGUUACACAACCCUACCUUAUUUGCAUGUCCAGUCCUUCUGUGCUGAAUAAAGCCUUACCCCCUCUGUGUUUUGUCAUCCCUGAAAGCUCGUCUGGGGCUGCAGGAGGAGAUGUCGCGUCAUUUACUUCUCUCCAAUAGACAUUAACUUAAUGAGAUUUGCUUUGGAGGGAGCAUAGCUCUCUACUGCUGAUUGCUGCUCUUGACAUAAUCUCCUAAGGAGACCAGAAUCCCCUCCAGCAGGUAGGCCGUCAUUUACCGAUCCAGCGCUACAUUUAAAGCAGAUGUUUGAGGCUGGGGUGGUAAGCGAGAUGCUGCAGAAGGCAGUGCUGAAGGGAAGCCCAGAUGAGCCAGGCAGGCUCAGCUGUAUUUAAAGACUCCUUUGGAGCAGACUUUACCCAUGCACUAUAUAAUCUUUAUGUUAGGCGCUGGGAUGGCAGGGAGUCCAUCAUUAAUAACCCCUGGCUGACAACUUCCAAUGUGCCUGCAGCCCCAAGGUGGGUUGUGUGCUGGGCUGGAGCUUGGUGCAGGUCCCAAACCGUGACCACCGUGGCAGUGGCUGAAGGGCUCCAGUGAUUGCCUGGGUCACCCCUUCUCAUAGAAUCAUAGAAUCAUUUAGGUUGGAAAAGACCUUCAAGAUCAUUAAGUCCAACCAUCAACCAUGCCCACUAAACCAUGUCCUGAAUUACCCCGUCCACUCGCUUUUUGAAUACCUCCAGGGAUGGUGACUCAACCACUUCCCUGGGCAGCCUAUUCCAAUGUUUGACAACCCUCUCAGUAAAAAAAUUUUUCCUAAUAUCUAACCUAAAUCUCCCUUGCCUCAACUUGAGGCCAUUUCCUCUUGUCCUAUCUCCAGCCACCUGACAGAAGAGACCAGCACCCACAAAAAAAAUUUUUUUCUUCCAAAAAUGAUGUUUAAAAUAGGUUGUCACUGAUAUGCAUCUGAAUAAUAUAAAAUUAAGAUUCUUCAAUGAACUCCAAACACUGUUUUGUUCAUUGCUGAAAAAAACCCCAAUGCGAUCCCUUCUUGCAAAAAUCAUACAGGCAUAAUGUCAGAACCUUCCAGAGUAUUUUAUGUUUCCAAGAUCAAUGGAAAACAAUCUAACUGUGCUGAAACAAUCAUCUGACUAGUAAUGAAUAAAAGAAUAAUCUUUUCACAUUA